AUUUACUCCACCUUCGAAGACCAUUUGCCAAUCACACAGAGAAUGGAAGAACGCGCUUGGUGUGUUCGAAUGUUGUCGUGACCUCGACCGCUCACACGAUUCAAUGACAAGAUCUGAGUGAAGACGUUGCCUGUAUAUCCCACGCGCUACCCAUUGUAGGAUCUGUCCUCACUUGAUUCGCAUUCUACCAGUCCAAUUCUACAUCCAGCUUUUCACAUCUCAGAGUACUUCACAUCUGAAAUUUGCACUUAUCAUGACGUUCCAUGACGUUUUGCAUCCACAUCCUGCCAUAUUUGUUGCGAACUAGUCUUGUGGUUUUCAGAUUCACCUGUGGAGCUAUCAGCUUCUCCCCUCAGUUCGAUAACCCGUGCACAUCGCACGCCUCUCUAUCCGAAACCACGAAAGGUUUCCGAUCUCGAAAUACGUGAAAUUACCUUUGUACAUGCUCUACGAAUUGCCGCGGAACCAGAAUCCAGUGUCAAAGUUCAAUUCAAUGUUAAUGGAAUUGCACCCUCAAUUGAGUUCAGGCAGCUCCCGCUUCCACCUGCGUUCCUGGUAAUUGCUGAUGAUCAAUCUUGGAGUAGCCUCACGCUCAAACUUGGAUGGGCUGGCAGGAGCGAUGUGACAAUUGGAGAGACACUGCAGGGCCAGCUCAACAAGCAUUCGUCGAGGUGGUCACCGCCAUUUCUCGUUUCGAGCCUGUCACAGUUUGUGCCAGUCAAAGAGAGAGCAUGGAGUACUCUGGGCUGCUCCUCUUGCACCGCGCUAGAAGUCUGAUGUCCAGCACGCACAUGCACUCGAGUUGUUGUACUGCGACAGAAGGUUCAGAUUUCUCCGAGUGAGCGGGGCUUGCGAUUGCGAGUAGAGGAGGAGGACUCUUUUAGUCUCGGAUUCAAUUUGCCUGCGCAUUCCAAGGAGAAAUCGGUUCUUUCUCUUUGAAAAUGGAGGGCAGAAUGGGAGGAGCCGGUGCAUCCAUGCUCAGUCCCGCUGCUGAACUUGCUACACGGGGAAUGGACUGCGCAGACGAGGAACCAGAGCUUCCCUCUGCUGUCCAAGACCUCAUACAGCGUCUGGGAGGGGAUCCCAGGCAUGUAUUGUUGUAUCGACUAUGGCGUCCCAUAUUAAGCGGUCCAGAAGUUAAGGAUUUCUUCCCGGAGGAUGCACCGCUUUCGACAAACACAGGGUGGCGAAGCCAAGUGCGCCUUCGAGUGCUGGAGGCAAUCGGCAGCUGCAGCAGCUUCCAAGAAGUGCUGAGCGUAGAAGAUAUUUGUGGCGGUCAUAUAUCCAGGUUGACCGCUAGCGAGUGGGAGGUAAUGUUGAGAGGUUUUAGGUCCAGCAGCGUUCUACUGGUGAUAUCAACUGGCAAACUGACAUGGAGUUCCCAAGCGGAUUUGGAGAGCUUUGGUUUACAGCUGGGGAUAAUUCUGAAUACCUCUAGUGUAACAAAAUUGGCAAUACUUAAUUGCAGAUUUACUGCCAGAUUUUUCUUGAAUCUCGCAUCAGGACUGCGAGAAAAUUCUCACUCGAAACUCAAGUCUUUAGAACUACAUCACGCCUUGGGGGACCCAAACGCGGUGAAGUUUAUCGUUGAGGUGUUGAACGGUCAUCAUCAAUUAGAAACUUUGAGUUUAGGCUCCCACUGGGUUUAUGAUAGAGAAGACGACGUGGACGAGGCCGCCGUUCUGCUGUUGUCCCAAGCUUUGAAGCAGAACUCGUGUUUAAAAGAAUUGGUUUUAGAAAGAGUGGAGGGUGGAUCUGCUGCCUUAUUGCUGAACGCAUUGGCAGGAGAUGAUGGCAACCCAUCGAUUGAGCGACUUAAGCUGAUAGCAAUGUCUGGAAUCGGGAAAUGUUUAGCAGAAGUUUUCAUUUCCAAUCGAUCAUUGAGGAUAGUGACGUUGAACGCCAUCAACAUGCCUGUGCAAGAAUGGCGCUUGCUAGGUGAAGCCAUACGUGACAAUUCCACAACAACAACUGUCAACGUAUGGAUUUAUUCACUUUUAAUCAUGGGACUAGAAGAGCUUGCCUGCGCUGCUAGCUCUGAUGGGAAGGGACCCGUGAUACAUCUUGAAAUCUUUCCUCGGGAUGACGAUGAAACAAUGUCAGCGCUCAACCUUUUAGGUAGUGUACUGCGAGGGGAAAUCAAGUCUAUAAAAACUUUUGGUUUACAUCAGUCCUUUUCUUUCACUUCAGGUGGCAACCGAAAGAGUACGGAAGGUAUUCUUUCAAUGAAUGGAAAAACUGGAGAAACUUCAGUCCUGAGAAGACUGGAAAUGAAGUUAGAGAGCGAAGAUAUUUUUAAGGGAGUAUGGAAGCAAUUGCUUCAGUGCUUGCGUAGGAACACAAGUGUCACUAGCUUGUCUUUGUUUUUGGUUUUCGACGGAGGAUUCAAGGAGGAGUUCAGGGACCUGAUGGCGCUCCUGCAAGUGAACUUGACUCUCCGGGAAAUAGAUGUACGCCGGACCCCAUGGGCAACGGACGGAAAGGCGGCGCUGAUUGAAGCGGCCUUGGAGCAAAACCAGAAGCGCGCCGAGUACAUGACCGCGUUCAGAGAAGCCAGACUUCAAUUGGGAGAUGCAAAAGCUGGUAGACUCUUCUUAUGUGGCUCUCCUCGAGCAGGCAAGACUCAAUUGCGUCGAACUCUGAUGAAGAUAGUUCAGGACAAGAUCUGGAUCAGGGAAACAUUGGACAAAUUGUCAAGGACCAAAGGAAUUGAAGUGGAGUUCUUGCAGAACGAUGACCAAAUGCAAAUCUCAAUUUGGGAUUUUGCUGGACAAUGGAUUUUUCGUACACUUCAAAAUGUACUCUUCCCUCAAACCAAUGACUUUUGUGUUUUUCUUUUCGUGUAUAGCCCUUUCUGUGAGGAAACAUCUUCUCUCAAACAAGACUCUUGUUUCCGGACGGAGUUGGAGAGUUGGCUGACAUUCAUCUCAUCCAGCACUAAGGUCAUGGGUCAUAAUCUUCCACAAGUUCUUGUUGUGAUUUCACACAAGGAUAAGAUAGAAUCCACCUCUUUGACUUGGGCUCACACUAUAGUGGAAGAACUCAAGAUACGAUUUGCAAACUAUGUGAAUCUUUGCCCUAGUCAAGACUUUCUUUAUUUGGAUGCUCGGAAGAAGAAACAAGUGAGACCUCUCAAAAUUCACAUUUUUGAGAUGUUCAAGAAGUUGUUGAGUGAAAAUUCUCCACAGAUUCCUCAUUUGUGUUUUCAACUCUCUUCCCGAUUGCUUUCAAACAUCAAGAAGAACAAAACUUGUCCUCUUUGGUCAUUGAAAAAGUUUCAUGAUUUCUGUAAUUCCAGCUUGAAACAACUCAUUCUACCAUCUUCUGUUGAUCAUCCAAGAUUAUAUAACUCCCUCAUAUCCUACUUAAAUGAUGUUGGAUCCAUCAUUUAUAUUCCCAACCUUGAUCACAUCGUAGUGGAUCCGAACUGGCUCACAAAUUCAUUUUUGGGUGAGCUCAUAGCUAUAGGUCAACACUUUCAAGCUCAAGCGUCAUGUGAGGAAUACACAAGCAAGGACGGAUUUGUGAGUGAGAGUGUUUUUUCUCGAUUGAUGGAAGCAUUCCUGAAAAAGCAACCACGCCUUCAAAAUGUUCACAGAGAGUUACUUGAAAAGAUUCUUUUCAAUUUGGAUUUGGCUUUCAAGCUCAAAGAAUCUUCUCAAUAUUUCAUUCCCUCCUUCAUCCGUGAGUAUGCAAGCAUGGAACAACAAAAGCAGCAAGAAGGGGUGCGCGUGAUGUCGAUGUCAUGGGACUCUGAGGUUGCAACUUCAAAGUUUGUCGGCAUUCGGAUUCAAUGCGAAGAUCUAAAAACAAUGUCACUGACUCCUGCAUUUUUUCCACGCUUCCAGAUGUUCAUGAGACGCAAGUUGAAAUCCGAGACUAUGACACUCUCUCGACAUUAUCUGCAACUUUUACUCGACGGUCACCAAAUUUAUGUGGAGCACGAUCAGAGUGAAAAGUGCCACAAUUACGUAGAUGUUCUAAUGUUAUGCUCGGAGCAUAAGUCAAAGGAGGCGGCCAUCGAUUUUGUCAUGAAGCAUAUUGUUGAGGAGUUGAGAUCAUUUUGCGCAUCAACAAAAGGCUGUCCUGGCGUGGCGUUAGUGCUCGGUGUGAUCCAGACCGUUUGCGUGGAGAAGCUGAUUCCGAGUCAUCUCAGAGGAGCCAUUCUGAUUGAGGAGCUCAAAUCAAAGUUCUCUAAUAGCAUCAAUGACAAACUUGGGGAUAUUGCGUUGGAUAGGUCACAAUUGGUGAAGGAGGAAGAGUUGCUCAACUAUGAGUAUACUUGGCCCCCGAUUCCAUUGUAUUCAAACACAAGAUUCGAACGGGCUACAAAUCUACUAUGGGAGAGCGAUGUGGAGGCAGUUGUGAAUGAGAUCCGACUGAAGCGCAAUCAACAAUUGGAGUCAUUGCAGCAAAGCCUCAUCAGCUUGAACGAUGAUUUGGCUCAGUCUCAGUCUGAAAGCAAGAUAAGAGUUAGCAACUCGAGUUUACCUCACCUAAAUGACUGCAAUCCAGCUUCAGCCUGCUGCUCGACACAGGCCAGCUCAAGUGUGGACACCCAACUUGUUUUGUCUGAGAUCCAUCAACUAGGAGAAAAGGUUGACAGUGUGCAUGAAACAAUGAGGUCAGUGAAGAGCAUUGUGCAGGGAUUGGAUGUGAAGUUGGGACAGAUAAUCCUUGUGCAGCAACAACUACAGUCAACCUUCAGUGACUUCAUGUCUAAAGUUGACAGGUUGAUAGAAUAUUCAAAAUCGCAUCAGCAGGCCAAAACGCCAAAGCGACCUUACGUCACGGAUGAUGUUGGCAUUUUCUAUAAGAUGAGUGCACGUCUGCGUCUCACAACAACCGUUUGCUUACGCUUGAUGUGUGAGUCAGUCACUGGAUUUCACACCGUCAAAAAUCAAGAAGGUUUGAAGCUGCGCUUGGAUCGGGAAAAUAGCGGAUGGAUACGAAGAGUUAUUGAGAUUUCAUACAAAAUCCUGUAUUAUGCUGUAAAGGUUGGACUGGAUGUGACCCUGGGGUUAGGUGAAGCUAUUCCGCAGUGGGAUGAUCUUAAAACUGAUGUUGUUCAGCUAGAUAAUAUUAGUGAUAUUGAUUGUUGGGCAAUUCGAAAUGGUGGGCAUAGCGUGCAGCUGAACGAAGCAUGGUCGAGGAUUCAGCAAAUUCUUGCGCCUGAGCUUAAAGAUAGCUAUUCUAAAAUCUUCAGGUUGUAUCGGGUGAAGUACAAAAAUGGUGAGCAUGCAUGGGUGUGCGAGGAGUGCAUGAGAAAAGGUCGUCUUUCUAUAAGUUAAUUUGAAAUGUUAGGAUUUUAAAGAGA